UGGCUAUUAAACUUGCCAUCUUCCAGCAGAAGUGACGUCGCUCUGACAUGUAACUCGAUAAAAAUGCUAAAGUGGACAAAUAUCUAAAGGUUCGGGACGCCUAUACGUUGGUGAUAAUUGGCGUAGAGGGUCGUAGAAGUGCGCGAGAGAAGGAAAGAGGAUGGAGACGCCCAGCCCAGCAGGAGCGAGGCAGCCCUCAGCACCGUCAGCGCCUUCAGGAAUACAGCUGAUCGAGCGUUCCUCCAGCUGCGAGGGGGACACGCAGCACUAUGGGCUUCAAACAGCUACAAAACCCCAGCAGCAGCCACAGCACACGCGGGUGUACCAGCAAAACCACCUGCCAGUAGCUCAGAACAUCAAUUUGCAAUGGAAAUCGUCUGAGGAUAUAUUUAUGUCGAGCUCUGGAAGCACGAUAUUGAGUCAGCCAAUAAACGAAGAGGAUGGAGAGCCAGUAUGUUACACUAAAUCUGGCAGCUCCCAUCGCUUGGUGACCUCUGUGUCCGCAUACCCCUUGUCCAACACCAACACCGUUUCCACUGGCAUGAGCAAUUCAACAUCUGCUGCUGCUUCUACCUCCACCAUAUCUUCCACAUCUUCUUCCUCAUCAGCCUCCACAAAUGCCUUCUCCCACAUGAAUUCUCUCCAGUCCCCUCCCACGUCCAGUAUGACUCCUUCAGGUUGCCACGCCAAUACCAAUGCCAACCUCACUUACGCUGUCAGUAACAGCUCCGAGAUGCCAGUGUCCACCAUCAUCAGCACUUCCACACCAAUUGGAGAUGUAAACAAUGCCCAGUGUAACUCCAUUGGUGGCAUAACUCCUCUUGACCUGUCCACCAUACCCCCAAUAACACACGUCACCCUGCCCACACCUACUGAAAAUGGAGAGGGUAGAUUCAGCCAUAGUCCCACACCAAGCCCAAAACCAAGCCCUACUCUCUUGCCACGGCAACCUUCCUGUGAUAGCAGUGAUGACCGAACAAACAGAAACGAGAACUCAGGAUAUGUAUCUAGAGAGGGUAGUAUGGAGCGGUCAUAUGUGGAUACUUCGAUUGACCACCAGCCCAUGGACAAGACAAUUCCACAUGACUCAGUGAGCCGAUCAUCCGAGUCUAGUCGGUCUGUAGAGGCACCUCGGACCCCAGAGAUUAGCCACAGUAUUAAUGGUCUCGCAGUCAAAGAAAGAAAAGAGUCCCGAGACUCUAAAUCUAGUGAUAAGAAGAGCAAUAAGGCGUGGUACAAGAUGCUGAAUCCAACUUACAAAAGCAGAUCAGAGGACUUGAAAAGAUUAUUUAAAGACCUGCCAUCAGAUGAACGACUUAUUGUGGAUUAUUCUUGUGCACUGCAGAAAGACAUUUUAGUCCAUGGCCGCCUCUAUGUGACGCCAAACUACUUCAGUUUCUACUCAAAGAUAUUUGGGUGGGAGACAUUUGUAUCGAUUCGCUGCAAGGACAUCAUAGCGAUGACAAAGGAAAAGACGGCUCUUGUGAUUCCAAAUGCGAUUGAAAUCCGAACUGAGGGAGAGAAGCACUUCCUUACAUCAUUUGCUUCAAGAGAUAAAACAUACUUAAUGCUCUUUAGAAUUUGGCAAAAUGCUUUAAUGGACCAGCAAAUGAGUGCAACUGAACUGUGGCAGUGGGUUCACUCUAGCUAUGGUGAUGAAUUGGGCCUUACCAGUGAUGACGAUGACUAUGUAGCCCCAUCUACUGAAGACGAUGCAAAGACAAACACGAGCAACAUGCAUAGUGAUCGUGUGUGUGAUUCUUCAAGUAUAAAUACAAACCUCAAGCUCUUCACAGGCGAUUCAAUGGAAGAUGCUUGCCCUGCAGAUCAGAGUCUGGAGGAGAGCCAAGUGCCCCCAGUGCCGAAGGGUGGUGAAUCUGAGACGUCGGAGCAGGUCUCCUCGCACAAGCCUCAGCCGCCCAAGAGUUCGUCUCCGACCAAAUCGCCGCAGCAUCACUCGACGCAUAAUUCGUCCCCGCAGCCCAACGAUGGGAUCCCUACAGACAUGUCGGAUACAACGGAAACCGAGCCCGACAGCAAGGUUACAUGUUUAUCUUCCGAGUGUGUGGUUUGCCCAAACCUGACCACACACCACCAGGGUCGUGAGAUCAUCAACACUGUUUUUGCACUGCCUGUGGACACAGUGUUUACAUUACUCUUUACCAAUUCCAAGUUUAUGCUAGAUCUUUAUAGUUUUGUCACCUUUUAGUAAACCAGGAGAAAUAUAUACAGUUGAUGCAGAAGCUUGUAAUGCUGGCAUCCCAUAUGCUGACUCUUUCUUUGUGUCAAAUCACUGGUGUUUAACUCGUGAAUCUGCCACUGAAACAAGACUAAGUGUUUGGUCUCAAGUUAAAUAUAAGAAGAAUGUUUGGGGUUUCAUGAAAGGUGUGAUUGACAAGAACUCAUUUUGUGGUGUGGAAUCAUUACUCAAUGACAUAAAUGCUGCACUCCUUGCUGAGGUUGACAGUGCCAAUCUGAAGAGGACGCGGCGAAGAAGACGACGAGUAGGAAGCAAAGGAGAACCUCCAGAUGUCCUCAUUCCAUCAACAGCUGAUAAGGUCAAAGACAUUCAUAAAUCAACACAGAUCCCAGCAAGAAAGCUUACUUUGCCAACUGUUACAACUGAGAACAGUAAUUCCUCCAAUGAAGGUCCUGUUAGACUUGUUGUGGCAACUCUGGUCAUUCUCUUAACCCUGAAUGCCCUGCUGUACUACAAACUUUGGGCAUUGGAGGAAAAGGUGUUUGUACAUACCACACCAUUCCCAGCUCUCGAUCCAAGCAUGUUUAGACCGGGGACAGGAAGUGGAGCCCUGGAAGAAUGGGUACGAAUAUUGCAACAGCAAGAGGCUCUUCAUGCGGCGGAAGUGGAAAGAUGGAGGAAAUCCAUAGAAGAAGCAGCAGGAUUCCUCAGAAAAGCUGAGGAGUCUCUCCGCGCACUCCACACAUCCAUACCUCCACACCACGCAAGCAAAAUCCAGCUUCUCCUGAGACAGCUACAAAACCUUCAUAACUCUGAGAGCCAGCGGAGAUCGUCUGCAGAAUCUACUCAGUGGGGCCAAGAGGGAAUUCCAGGAGACCCAUCCAAGGGACCAGAUGUUGGGGACCAGAAGAACAGUGGGGAAGACAGAACUGUGCAUACGAGUGAGAAUCAUCAGGAUCUGUGAAGGUGCAGUGCGAUGACAAACCAAUUCCCUGGCAAGAAAAAGAGAUCUCUGAGGACCUGAAAAAGCAUUAGGAAAGAAAAUAUAGAAAAGCAUAGAAAAGAGAAAAAUUGAACAACUUUGUUGGUGGAGCUCAUUGCCUGUUAGGGAAAAGUAAUUCCUGAAGCAAAUGUUGCAAUGAGGUUGCUAUCACUGUCAUAUAAAUAUACCAAAGGUCAUGAUUAGCCUCUCUAGGAGGUCAGUUCAUGAAAGGAUUGCAAAGAUGUCUCUUUAGUAUGAGAAAUACUGUUUUUUCUUUCCAUUUGUCUUCUUUUUCCUGGUUAUUAUUAUAUUGACGAAAGUAGCAAUGAGCAUGGAAUGGGUGUCAGAAGUUAGUUAUAUUUUUGAUAUAUACUUGGAAUUCAUUCACAUGCUUCAGGUUUCAGUAUUUCCUUCUUAUAUUUUAAUGAAUGCAUAAUUUUUAUAUUUUGAAAAGUGAAUGUGGACCAAAUGUGUAUGCACUUGUGGUUGUGGAAAGUUUAUUUUUUUCAUUCCAACAAAUAAUAUAAGAACAAGAUGUGCUGCACAAUUAUGCAAGAUUUGUGAACGUUUGUAGAGUCCGCUGUGAGUGCAUUACUGUGAAAGGGGAGGAAAAAAUGGUAUAUGUAUGUUGUUGCUGAAAAGGGAG